ACCGUUUGAACUCUUUGACUGGUUGGUCUUCGUGUGAGGCUCCACCGGCCAUCUGACAAAUCCUCACUCGUUUACAAUGAAAGUUCCGCACUUUCCUUCCACAUUCCAAAGUCUCCAUCCACAUGCUCAUUUCCUCAUUUCACAUUUUUAUGAAGACUCAUUGACUUCACCAACCGUCCAUUUCUAUACCCCCAAAAAAACCCAUGUGGUCAACUUCCACCAUUGAUUGGAUUGAAUCCUUCCCUCUAUAUAAAUAAACACCCUUCUCCUCCUUUCUUCACAACCCAUCUCCACAUCUUCUCUUUCAUCCUUUCCAAUUCCCAUUGAGAGAAAAACAAAACACUCUGCAAACUUCAAUGGCCUGCUCAAGCGCUUCAAGACCCACCAAAGUUCAAGAACUCCAUGUGUAUGAGAUCAAUGAGAGAGACCGCGCAAGCCCUGCAUAUCUCAGUUUAAGCCAGAAACCUGUUAAUUCUCUUGGAGACCUCGUCCCCUUCACUAACAAAAUAUAUACUGGGGAUCUUCAGAAACGCUUGGGAGUGACAGCAGGCAUCUGCAUUUUGAUCGAGAACAAGCCGGAGAAGAAAGGUGAUCGAUAUGAGGCUAUUUACAGCUUCUAUUUUGGAGACUAUGGUCACAUUUCAGUUCAAGGACCUUAUUUGACCUACGAGGACACGUAUCUGGCUGUGACUGGUGGCUCUGGGAUCUUUGAAGGAGUGUACGGGCAGGUGAAGCUGCACCAGAUUGUGUUCCCUUUCAAGAUCCUCUACACUUUUUACCUCAAGGGGAUUGAGGAUUUGCCUGAGGAGCUUACUGCUGUGAAGCUUGUGGAACCAAGCCUUGCUGUUGAGCCCAGCCCUGCUGCCAAGGCUUGUGAGCCUCAAGCCACAAUCUACAACUUCACCAACUAAUACUAAUAACCACAAGCUUCUUGCUGCCUCUAGUUUUUUGUGGGUUGAAUUGAAGUUAUGUUGUCAGAUGGUGUAGUAUUUUUAUUUUAUUCAUAAAUAAUUUAUCAUCUGUGUUUAGUGUAUUUGAAGGCAAUGUAAUGAUCAGUGGUUUAUACAAUGACAAUGCUUUGCUUAACUA